AUGCUCAAGUGGACAGUAUAUGGAAAAAAGAACCCAGAUGUUCAGGUCAUCAAUGACGAAGGAUUAAGCGAUGUCGACACUUAUGUGCAUAAACCAUAUAAUGAUAAAUCAAGGCGAUCUUUAGAUGCGCAAACCGUUAAGAAAAGCAAAAAACCUAGCCGGUAUCAAAGAAGAUCAUUGGGUGCCGCUGCCAGAAAAAAUUGCUGUCAGAACGUUGAUAAAGAAAACUUAAAUUGUGUAGGUAAUACGCCAAAUCAUUUUAGAGAAGGAUAUGUUAAAAAAACAGAAAGUAUUGCUUUGAAAGACGUAAGUAACAUAACACCUAAUUCGAUGACACCCAACUUCGACAAGAGAAAAUUUUACAGAAACGCUUCUAAAGAGGAUAUACCUUCAGAUUUACCUCUUACUCCUCCUACUUAUAGUAGAAGAGUUAGAGAAGCGAAAAAAAGAAGGUUAGAGAUGACUGUUUGUAAUAAUAAUGAAGUUUUUACCAGGAAUAGUUGUAUUUAUAAAUCAGAAAGAAAAAUGACCACAGAUAGAAGUUUGAUAGCAUCACCUAAAUUAAUUCAUAGCGUUUCUGAGCCAUCUUUGAAUGACCUAUCAGAAAGAUUGAGUCUAUCAUCAGAGAACUCUAAAAAUUCAUUUGAAAUUGUAAAAGAAAUCCACAACAAGAAGUCAAUAAGUACAACAAAAACAAACAGUGAAGGUUUAGUAGAAAUCGAAUAUGAUAAAGAUUUGAUAAUUAAUUGCAUUGAAAAACCUUUAAUAGUCGAUAAAACUAAAUUAGAAAAAUCUACUCUACCAAUAUUUGGUCAUCGAAUAUUUACCGAUAAUCCCUUAUAUUUUACUAAAAGUGAAGAUAGGUCACCUAAUAUAAGGCCUCUAAAACGUACUAGAAAAAAAUCAAGUGAAUUCGAAAGUUCUUUUAAAUCUCCUUCAAUUGAUAAAAAAGAUGUACAUGCUUUAGUUAGAGAUGGCUGUUCUCCUAUUUCAAUAACACCCUUAUCUGUGAAGUUAGCUGCUUUGAGAUUUAGUACAAUAAGUACUCAUACUAAAUCACAAAGAAUCGUUGGAGACAACGAUGUAACUGAAUUUUUUCCAAAAGUUGAAAACCCUUUUACUAUUCCAAUUAGAGAUGAAGAAUGUUCAGCUGAAAUGGAAAACAAAUUUAUUUUAUGUAAAGAAUCUUUAACAAGUGUAACAGACUCAACGGUCUCAACUACCGAAAUGGGAGAUGUCACAUUAGAGAAGAUGAUUGAAGAUAUCAUAAAAAGUACGAAAAUAGUAAAAUCUAAACGACGAAUUUUUAACAAAAAUGUCGAGCGUAAUCUUGAUAUUGAAGAAGAACUUACAACAGCCCAAGCGAUUAAAGAUCUUUUUGUUAAACCACAGACUGAAAAUAAAACUAAUUUAAUUAAGGAAGCUAGAUACGUCAAUUUAUCUAGAGAAAAUUCAGUUUCACCCAAAACGACGCCUAUAAAAAAGAAGACUCCGGUUCACAGAGUAAAUGACAAAUUACUUAAAAAUGUACCUAUUGGAGGUUUUAUUUUAGAUGAUGGUGAUGGCUAUAAUGAAAGAGAAGUAAGAACGCCUGAUAACUGUGUCGAUGUAAAAAAGAAACAUUAUUCUAGUAAUCGCAGAAAUGUAUCUUUAAUAAGAUCACAAUCUAUGAGUUUAUCGACUGCUGGGCGAGGUAAUUUAGAACAAGUCUCAUCCGAAUCCACGCCCGAUUUACACUCUACAAUGAAAGAAAGAAACAACAGAUUAAAAAGACAAAAAUGUAUUCGCAGAAAAAAGUCUACAGUGAGCAAUGAGAGUGUAUGGAAACAAAAGCAAAUGGAAAACAAAUCCUCACUCGUUCUUACUUUAGAAAUGGGCUUGCCGAGUCCCGCAUCCGAAUUACAAAACGUUUCGUUAUACGAGCCCCCUAGUACAUCAUUCCAUGAAAUCGUCUCCGAAAAAGACUAUCCAUUAAUGAACAACUCUAUAAGAUCGACUGUAUCACACAGCAGUCUAAAAACGUAUGGACCAGUACAAAAUAUUAGAUCGAGAGAACUGUUUGGCUUAACACUUGAAAAUGGAAUUCCAAGUCCUAUUACACCACUACCGAAUCUAAAACGAUCGAGUAAUGCGCUUAGCGAAGAAAGGGCACACAAAACAAGUAAACUUGGCGAAGAUUUACUGCCUAAUGAUAUAUUAACUCCGGUACUAGAGCAUAAAACAUCAAGGCGAUGUUUGACAUAUUCACCGGAAGAAUGCAGUAUAAAUAGUAGUGAAGAAAAAAGAAGAAGUGUUGCCAGUAAUCGCUUAGAGAGGAGCGCCGAUCGUUUUCAGUUAUUAAAAGCGACAAUUGAUCUAGAAAUAUUUACGCGAAACGACAUUAUUGACGUGCACGUUAUUCGUUGUCGAGACCUUCAGCGAUCAACAGGGAAAACGGAUGAUAUCAAUGCUUACGCAAAGGUUGUGAUCAGUGGUGUAACCGAGGACCUGAGUUUACCGUCACAACGAUCAAUUUUUCAGCGGACCUCCGUGCUCUAUGGGAAGAGAGAGCCGGAGUUCCAGCGGCACCUUAAGCUACCAUUACCGACAGCAGUCUACGACCAUCAGAUGUUGCACAUUUCAGUUUGGCAUAGAGAUAAGAAGUACAGACGGAGCGAGUUUCUAGGAUGUGUCUCGUUCCCAUUGAAAGAUGCUAUUAAGAACGACAUCUCCGGCACGUACUUUUUGCAGCAGGGGCGCCAAAGCGCGCCGGCGCAGGACGCCUGCCGCGUGACUGACCGACGCAAAAUGGCUACAGAUAAUACUGAAACUAGCACUAACGAUGGCGCAAAAGAGAGUACAGAUAAGGGUGUAGCAUCCAAUGGCCCAUCAACAAACCAAGCGCAAGUUGCAGCAGCCUUACAACGGGAAGCCGAUGAGCACUUAUUCUUACGAUACUUGGAACUCGAUCCACCAGAAGACCCUACAGCACCUCGACGAACACAACGCCAUGGACGAACGCCUUUUACGACCACUAGAAAGUUAUUACGAGGAACGACAGGAGGUUUUGGAUUUACGGUGGUUUGGACACGCCCUCCCAGAGUUGAGAGGGUAGCAGCUGGAGGAUCGGCUGAGAGAGCAGGCUUAAGGGCUGGCGAUUACAUUGUCUUUGUUGGAAACAAGAAUGUUGUUACCGCAUCUGAAGAGGAAGUCCGUAAUCUUGUUAAGUCAGCAGGACAAACAUUAAACUUGGAAACCUUCAGACGAGUACCGCAAAAUGGCGCUGGUAUCAGGCCACGUCUUGGUCAAGCAACCAUACCAGCUCCUGAGUCCACACCACCACCAGCACCAAAGUCCCCUCGAGCAGCCGCUCUUGCUUCUCCAGCGGCAGCAGCAAGGCCACCUACUGCCUGUUCCUCCACCAGCCAAUCCUUAGAUAGACGCAAGCUACACCUGCCACAGGUCACAUUUUCCAAGGAGGCAACAAGCCUGACGACAGAUGGAAGGAAGCGUGCUCUCUUAGCGGUUGUGUCGAGGGAACAACAUUACGGGACAUGUCUUCAGUUCGGCCUGGUGCGAUUUGUAUCACCACUCGCUGAAAGAGCCGAUCUGAUAGCACCAAGCGAUCAUCAGUUGUUGUUCCAGAAUAUUGAAGAGAUCUUUAGAUUAUCAGAAGAUAUUUUGGAUCAAGUCGUCCAAGAUGAUGGCGAAAUACAAACAUCAACAGUUGUGGCCGUUUAUUUGCAAAAGACUCCUGUAUUCCUAAGUCUCUACAAAAAAUAUUGCCUAGGACUCAAAAGAGCUGAUUGCGUAUUGGUAAAAAAAUCAAAAGACCCAAGCGGGGCCUUUUCAAGGUUUUGCACAAGUCCUCCAAUACCAAGGAGGAGGCCCGAUAUCACAUCCCUUGUUCACAAGCCAUUGGAACAGUUCAGAGAGCUUCUUAGAUUAAUGAGAGCAGCAGUUAGCAGUAAUGGAGCUGGCCCCUAUGACCAGCUUGAGAAAAAGCAACUUCAAGUCAUCGUGGAACAGCUUCAGAGCGGUUAUCAAGAUGUGACGGCUGGUUCGGGCCUAAUGGGUCUCGCUGGUGAUGGAAAGCCUUUACUGUCGGUCGCCGAUUUGGAGAGUCGCCUCGUGUUCACUAGAUGUAAGCCAUUCGUCCUAAGCACGGCGGGACGGCAAUGGAUAUUUGGCGGAGAGCUCUCCAGAGUAGAAGGCAGAACAAUCCGACCGUACUGGGCGCUGCUGUUCUCUGACCUGCUCCUAUUUGCUACUGUGUCCAGAGAUAGAGUCUUAUUCGUGACGGAGGAACCGGUGGCACUGGGAACUGUGUCAGAAGCCCAAUUUAAUAUCAGGAAGAAAGCGACUGAAUUCCGACUAAUCCUGGGUCGAGCGGGAGGGGAGAGCCCACUGGUGUCGUGUUCGCCGCGGACACCUGCUCGCUCGCGACCCAUCGUCUUACGAGCUCCUUCCAUUGAUCUGAAAGCUGUAUGGCAGAGCCUGUUGCAAAGACAGAUUUACCGAGCACAUACGAUGUCGGGGACGCCACUCGGUUCUCCACUUGACUCUCCAGAUCCGCAGCUGACCUUUAGCCUGGCGACUCUCGACUCUCAGCAGCGCCAGACGCGUCGGAGUUCAGCAGAGACACAAACAGGUGGAGCUGGAAGUGCUGUUGAAGGUGCAAGAAGCAAUAAAAGCCGAGGAUCCACUUUACACCUACAGAGAUGGAUGACUCAACUGCCUGAAGCUGAAGAGUUAGACCCCCCUGAACCAGAUAUGGAAAUGUGGAGUAUUGAAGAGCUUAGAAAGAGAUCAAAAGAGUUAAAUCUAUUAGAAGUAGCGGAUCUGGUUGAAAAUAAUAUCGAAAAUAAAGAGGCUGUUGUUGCAACUGUUGAAAAAAAGGAAAAUGAUAAGAGCCCAUCAAAAAGUAGUAAUUCGGGUAGUCAGAUAACCGUCCGAACCAGUCCGGUUGUGGUAGAUACUAUACCUGUAUGUCGACAAUGUCAUAAAAAGUGCUUGUCCAAGCCAAAUAGUCCAUUAGUUUCACAAAAAGAACCACCAGUACCUCCAAAACCUAAGAUUGAGGCCUCACCUCCAGUUUCUGCCUCAAAUAAAAGUACUCCCAGUAGCUGUAGCGCGAAUUGUAAUACUCGUAAACAAAAACACUUUACUCAUUUAGAACGCAAAGGUGCUAUUAGAAUACGCCCAGAAGAUGGCCCUAAGGCUGCCAAGAAAGUAAUUGAUUCGAUUGAACAAAGUCAAAGAAUGCUUAAAUCAAAAUCUUAUGAACUCAAAACUGACUCCCCAGUUUUAAAUAAAAGCAUGACAAGAAGUCGUACAAAAAGUCACUUGGAAUUGAGAAAAGAGAAUUCCAUUACGUCUCCCAGUCCCACUUCAAGUAGUAGAAAUAGUCCACUGUCCACUAGCCACACGACAUGUAGCUCUAUGGUAUUUAACUCUAGUUCGAAUGACUUAAGAACGUCUAGCUCAAACAUAGCUAAUCAAGUCCAAUGCGUUAUAGCGCAAGAGAAAUAUAUAAAUGAAGUUAAAUGCGUCGAAAGUAUAAUGCUAUCAAAACCAAAAUCUUCAUCGUUCCCAUCUCCAGCAACUUUAAGGAAAGAUGAACGAACAAGACAAAAGGCUGAAACUGUACUAAAUAAAGUUUUAGGAAUGAAUAUAAUUACAAAAAGAGAAAAUAUUGGCACAUGUCUAAAAACAUCGUCAGUAUUUUUGGACGAUGAUUCCAUACAUGAAGACGACAAUGACUUCAGAAUAGAAAGGGGCUUGAGGAGAUCACCUCGAAUGGGUAUAUCGGCGGUAAGUAAGAUGAACGGCGACAUAAACAAAAAAAAUGAAGUAAUAGAAGAUAUAAACGCAAACACUAAUGACGUGUUAUCGGAUGAGGAUUCAGAAUUAGGACCGCUCAUGUUGAUGGGAUUAUCGGCCAUAAACCCUGCAGCUCAUUUGAUGAGAGUUGAACCUUUUAAAAGAACACAUUUCGAUCAUACAAGUGUUAGUUCCAACAGGACGAAUUCGAGACCUGGAAGUCUUGGUUCUAUAAAAUCAGAAUCACCUGUACCUAACAUAGCAGUUGUCCCACCGACACCAGACUACAACAACACCAGUAAAACUGAUGAACUUGUAGACGAAUCACCUGAUUCUCCAGAUGUUCCAGAUGAUUUGCCGUAUGUUUCUUUAAAAAGAUACGGCACUAUGUCAAGUCUCGAGCGACUACCUUCGGAUGAGACUGAUGAUGGUAACGUAAGACUGACGCAAGAACCAGAAACCACUAAAGCAUAUAAUACAGUCACCAGUGCCGCUGGAGGUAUCAUGGGCUGGACAGCGCGAGCUGGGUCAUUCGUUGUCGAAAAAAUGAAUAUAUUCAGUCAUACAGAGAGCGUGCCAAAUACUUCUAUAGCGCAUAAACAACCAUCGUUCUUGGAAAGAUGCCUUGGGGUUGGUGAUUGGAAGUCAGCAAUAGGUACUGAGGAUGGUACGGUUGAAACAGGGGAGGGGAGUGGUGCAAGUGGUGAAGAAGCUUGGGGGACUCCAUCUUCCGGGGACCUAUCAGAUAAUCUACCUGAUUCCGAACAUGGAACCCUCUCUUCUCCAACCAAGUCUUCAUCGUCGUAUGCUGGCGAUGAUGACACGGAGCUUAUGAUGGACGAACUGCUGAUGGCACCAACAAUAACAGGACCUACAACAUUAAGACCACUACUUCCAAGGGAUGUAUUUAGAAGAAGAUUAGAACCACUACUAGAAGAGGAUGGAUCUGAUAGUGGAAGUGAAGAUAACAAACCUACACCUACCAAUUCUGAGGACCAGGGCAGCGAGCGUGGCCUCGAUGCUGACGUCUGCUGCGACGCGCCGCACCGGCCGUCCUCUGCUUCAGAGCCAGAAGCGGAGGAUGGUGCUUGCGGCGCGGGGGGCGCGGGGCGUGCCGCGGAGCUCGCUGGUGGCGCCGCGUGCGAGCUGAGUCCCGACCGGACUCCUACCAACGAGGCACCUUCGAUGCCCUUACAAUCUGUUUCAAAAGAGUGUGUGGAGCGAGCAUAUGCUUCCGGCGUUCGUCGGGGCUCGGCCAGUUCAGCCAGCACGCCCUCCACACUCGAACGCACCACCAUCCACAACCCCACACCCCUACAUCAGCUGUCACCAGCUUCGGAACCACCAUCAGUACAAGAAUGUUCGCGGGAAGAGGUGAGACCGUCAUCGCCGGAGCGACUCAGUCCCCGCGCGGAGAUGCGCCUGGCGCUCGACCAGGGGAAGGACAUGCUGGCGGAGCAGGAAGUGGGAUGGGGUGGCGCGCGCGACCACUGGUCGUUUCGCGCGGCGUGCCAGCGGUCGCUGGUGCGGCGCGUGGCGAGCGCGGACGCGGUCACGCUGUGCCGCACCGCCCCUCAUACUACUUCGCGCAGUUCUGUAUAUGCUUGGAAAGCUCCAGAAACCGAAACGAAACUUAUGGAGAUGGAGCAACUGGCACGAGCGGAAGCUCAGACGAUGCGUUCGCGGACGCGCUCUCAAUGCCAGAACGGGAAGAUAUUGGGAUUCCUUCGUCGUCGAGCGUCCUCCGAUAGCCCUCGCCGCGAACCGUUCGUCCUCAACGCCCGGCCGUUCUCGCCCCGCAGAACCAGUGAGAAACAAUUCGAGAAACGAUUCUGGAAACAAGUUACCAGAAGACGUCAAUCUUGCGGCUCCAUCAGCCAAAUAUAAGAGACUAUAAGUUUAUCGAAAAAGACUAUAAAAACAUAAGUGUUCAUCGUCUUGUAACUAACGGUAUAGAAAGGUAUGAAAAUCAAAUAGGACUCAUACUAAUUUAGAUAGUGACAGUCACCACGUUUAAAUUGGACCAGUUGAAAGAUACUUGUAGCCAGAAGCUAAAAUAGAACGAGUGAAUGAAAUUAAGGCAAUGAAUGUGAAUGGUUUUCAUUUAACGGGUAGGUAGGAUGCCAAAUAUUGCCACGUGAGAGGAUUUGCCAAAUAUUGACGAAUGGGACCUGUCAACACAACUUCAUAUCGUAGGUAGAAACCAAAUUCGGUUGAAUUAGACACUGCUGUAGAUAGGAACUCGUAUAAGGCCUAAUGUACUUAAAAAUGUUUAUAAAUCUGUCAAUAGAACGGUUAAAAGUUUCUCGUGAAUACAUGUAAAUAUAUGUAACCGUUGUAGAUAAGCUUUUUUAAAAGGCUUUAUCUUUGUAAAAUAGUUGUUUUAGCAAUUUUCUUAUAACGCUGUUGACUAUUGAAAAUUAAUGUCUUUCAUACACUUCGUUGUUAGUUAGUUAUAUUUAUUAAGUGUAAAAAUUAACUCUGUGUAUUUUGAUUUCCAAAUAUUCUAGAGCUUAUAUAAAAUUUCAUUUUUUAGAAAAUUUGAAAUGAUAUUUACAUAUAAACGAUUUGUAAAC